AUGGAUAACCAGGAUAAUACAGUUAGCGUUAAUGUGAAAUGGAUGACAAAGCUGUAUUCCGACCUGAAGAUGUAUCUCGAUGAACCCCUUGAUACCUUUAAGGUUCAGUUAUGGACCUUAACUGGUGUUCCUCCGGAGCGUCAGAAGAUCAUGUUCAAGGGCAUCAUUCCAAACGAUGCGGACUUAAGGAAGCUUAAAAUCGGCAACGGUGCGAAGCUCAUGUUAAUUGGCAGUGCCGAUAAGCCUCCAGAGUGCAACGAGAAGAUCAGAUUUUUCGAGGAGCUCACUUCCGUUGAAAAGGCAAAAUUGAUGAAAAACAACAAAAUUAAAAAAAUGCCUCCAGGCAUUAUGAACCUUGGCAACACAUGCUAUUUUAAUUCUGUGCUUCAAUUUUUGUUUCCAGUGACUGAGCUUUGGACUUACGUUUCCAAGCUGACCAAAAGCCCCGAAUCUUCAGUUGAUAUGAGCUUUGCAAAGUCUUUGUUGGAGAUGAAAAACCAACUUUCCUUUUCACUUGAACGUUACGUGCCCUUGGUCCAGAUUCAGGGCUUGAGGAAGUUGAAUCCACUGUUUUGUAGAAAGGACGAAAAAACAGGAAUUUAUAUGCAACAGGAUGCCGAGGAAUGCCUUAACUGCAUACUAUCACACCUCAAUGGCCUGAGCGAUGAGAAGAUUUCACAGAAAACCUUUGGAUUCUCACUCCUUUCUAAAAUAGAACCCAUAAAAACUGAAAAGGGAGACGAUAUGAAGUCCCUAGAACCAGCCAAAGAAGACAAAGAAUUCGAAUUCACGACCUCUGUAGACCACAACCUUUUGCUCUCAUGCUACAUGGGAACGCCUCUUAAGUCAGUUGGCACUUUGAUGGAUGGGAUUAGUUUAUCGCUGAACGAGGAGAUAUUAAAGUUCUCGGAAAAGUUAGGAUCGGACGUAAUGCACAAGAAGGUCAGCCUUUUAAGCUCGCUGCCGAAGUAUCUGAUUGCACACCUGGUGCGCUUCGAGUGGAAGCAGAAGAGCAACGUUUCACUCUCUGAUUCGAUCAAGGCCAAGAUUUGCAGGAGGGUCAACUUUGAAAGAUUUAUUGAUGUCACAAGUCUCUGCGAAGAGGAUCUGCAGAAGAAGCUGAGGGCAGCCAGAUCAUAUGAGCUCAAGAAGCAGGAUGCUGAAAACAUGGAAGUUGACACGGAAGACAAUGGAGAUAAAGCGGAGCAGAAAACUGAGGUCAAUCCUGAAAAACCAGCCAUUGAUGGCUAUGAAUUGUCCGAGGGGGAGUACGCAACUGGCAAGUACGAGCUCGUAUCGAUCGUAACGCACCAGGGGAGGACAGCAGACGCAGGACACUACAUAUGUUGGUCCAAGGACACGCGAGAUGCCAAGUCUAACGGCACGACAGAAGAACCUGAUUCAAAAAAGGGGAAAACAAAGGACAAAUGGCUAAAGUUCGACGACGAUGUCGUCACUGAGCACGACUGGGGAACGUUUGACCUGUGCGGUGGCAGAAGCGACUACCACAUUGCAGUCUUAUUGUUAUACAAGGCCCAAACGACAACUUUAUAA